AUGUUUCCUAUCCAAUCCAGUAUUGGUAGACUAGGGACCCAUCCCUCCCAAAUUGCUAUUAGAUCUGUAUUACUGAGGAGUUCUACCAGAUCAAAUUUGCUAGUAAGGAAUAGAUUGCAUUACCAUUCGUUCAUAAUGCCUUUACUCCCCUCCCAAUUUAUACAAUUCAUACACUUAAGUUCCACGCGACAGUUGAACAAAUUAACUAUCCUAAGUUCUAAAAGAUUAAUAUCUAUGUUUCCAAAGAUGAUUGGGAAAAUAAUUAAAGCACCAGCUUAUCUUGGUGGUGCAAUGGCAGCUACAGGUAGUUAUAUUGCCUAUAAAGUUGAACAGACCACCAAUUAUACAAUGGACAAAUUUGGACAGCUACACGAUCUAUCAAACUCAAUGAAAGACAAGAUAAACCAAUGGCUACCCGACACCAAUGUAACACAGCAACAAUCCAAUAACAAUGGCAAUAAUGGUGGUGGUAGCAAUCCGGAUGGUUCUGUACCUGGUGCAGCAGUAUUAGGUGCCUUGGCAGACGAUGAAAAAAAUAGCGACAGAGGAAUGGGGGAAGAAGAUGAAGAAGAAGAAGAAGACGCUGACGACAUAGAGAAGGAAGAUAAUACACAAGAUGAAAUGCUAAAUUUAACGAAACAGAUGAUUGAAAUAAGAUCUAUUUUGAACAAAGUCGACUCAUCUUCAGCUCAUCUUACAUUACCAUCUAUAGUUGUGAUAGGUUCUCAAUCUUCAGGUAAAUCUUCUGUUCUUGAGUCUAUUGUUGGAAAAGAAUUUUUACCAAAGGGAUCAAAUAUGGUGACAAGAAGACCUAUUGAAUUAACUUUAGUUAAUACUCCAAACUCCAAAGAAAUCACGGCUGAUUUUCCAUCUCAAAGACUGUACAAUAUCAAAGACUUUAAUGAUGUCAAGAGAUUAUUGAUGGAAUUGAACAUGGCCGUGCCAUCAACGGAAGCUGUGUCAGAAGAUCCCAUCCAACUUACAAUCAAAUCAUCGAGAGUCCCUGAUUUGUCAUUAGUCGAUCUGCCAGGUUACAUACAAAUUGAGGCGGCAGAUCAGCCUCUAGAAUUAAAAUCAAAAAUUCAACAAUUAUGUGAGAAAUAUUUAAAAGCUCCAAAUAUCAUUUUGGCAAUUUCUGCUGCAGAUGUUGAUUUGGCAAAUAGUUCAGCCUUAAGAGCUGCAAAGACAGCUGACCCGGCGGGACUGCGAACCAUAGGUGUGAUUACGAAGUUGGAUCUGGUAACCCCAAAUGUCGCGAGUACUCUAUUGAACAAUAAAAAGUACCCAUUGAAAAUGGGAUAUGUCGGUGUUAUUACAAAGGCACCAAGAAAUUUCAACAAAGGUAGCUAUAUGAAUCCGUUUGAUGAUUCAAACCAUAGGCCUGGUGCUUCCCCGCUCGGUAAUAUAUUUGGCAAGAAAUCUAAUUCUACAGGCAUUGAAUCUGAUUUAGAUUCUAACUCCCAAUUAGGUUUACAACAGAUACACUCCCAUCAAUUUGAAAAACAAUAUUUUAAGGAAAAUAAGAAAAUUUUCUCAAAUUGCCAAGUAUCGACAAAGAGAUUACGUGAAAAACUAAUCAAUAUCUUAGAAAUGUCUAUGUCGAAUGCUUUAGAACCUACAUCCAGUAUCAUUCAACAAGAACUUGACGAUACAUCUUAUCUAUUUAAAGUUGAGUUUAAUGACAGGCAAUUAACACCAAAAUCAUAUUUGUUGAACAACAUUGAUGUCUUAAAAUUAUCAAUCAAAGAAUUCCAAGAGAAAUUUACAAGGAAUGAACUAAAGUCGAUUUUAAAAGCUGAUCUUGAUCAGAAAGUUUUAGAUAUAUUGGCUCAAAGAUACUGGAAAGAUAAUAAUCUUCUAGAGCUAUCUUCUCAAUUGAACAACGAAAGAGAGAUGUUAUAUUGGCAUAAGAAAUUGGAGUUGGCAUCUUCUGGUCUUACGAAGAUUGGUAUUGGUAGACUAUCUACUGUACUAGUUACUAACUCCAUAUUAAAGGAACUUCAAAAUAUUUUGGAUGAAACUCAGUUGAGAAAUCACGAUCUUAUAAAAGAUUUAGUAAAUAAUACAGCCAUCAAUGUUCUGAAUGCUAAAUAUUACUCUACAGCCGAUCAAGUCGAAAAUUGUAUCAAGCCAUUCAAAUACGAAAUUGAUUUAGAGGACCGUGAUUGGAGUAUGGCUAGAACUCAUUCAAUCAAACUAAUCAAAGAAGAGCUAGCACAAUGUAACGAACAAUUCAAUACCAUUAAAAAUUCGGUUGGUGCGAAGAAAUUAAAUCGUGUUAUGACAUACCUUGAAAAUGAUGGUUCCUCUCAAAAGGAGACUUUAGGAAUGUCAAAAAUUUUGUUGGAAAGAGGCGGUGAAGCCACCUUUUUACAAAAAAGAACAGAAGUAUUAAACUUUAGAUUAAAAAUGUUAAAAAACAAAUGCUAUAGUUCCAGUGAGAAAGAUCGUUGUCCAGAGGUGUUUUUGAACGCCGUCAAUGAGAAAUUGACGGCCACUGCUGUUUUAUUUUUGAAUGUAGAACUACUAAGUGAUUUCUUCUACAACUUCCCAAUUGAACUAGACAAAAAGUUAGGUACUUUAAAUAAUGAACAGAUUGAAAUGUUUGCAAAGGAAGAUCCUAAGGUUGCCAGACAUAUUGAACUACAAAAGAGAAAGGAAUUAUUAGAAUUGGCUCUACAAAAAAUCGAUUCUAUCCUUGUGUUCAAGAGGAGUUACAGGAAUUUGGGAAAGAACUGA